ACAAAAAUGAAAAUUGAUAACAUUUCAACUAGACGACUUAGUAUAAAAAUCACAUGUGAAUGGCAACUGUUAGGCAUUUCGGGAGCCCUAAAAUCAGGCCCUAAUCUGCAUAUGAGUAUCCAGUGUGAUUCUGGUGGAGUCGAGGUCCAGAACAAGCCCAUCCACCAAGGAUCCAGGGAGCCCCCAAGAACCACCAAUCUCGCCCAGAAUCCCUUCCCCAAAUCUUAACUAGGUAGACCAUCUAUAUCUAUAUAUAUAUAGAGAGAGAGAGAGGGAGGGAGAUGAGUGGUCGAUGCAAUGGCAGGUUGGCAUCAGUGUACCCAUCGACGAUGAUCUUCUGUGAGUUGUAUCGAUUCUCCCUGGUUUUCGGAUUACGAUUCUUUACCUCCCAAAUUCCAAACUAACAGAAACAGAUACAAGAGAUGAAAUGAAAUGAAUUCCAUGAACGCCCAUUCCCCACGACCUUCUCCCCUUCCAGCCCCUGCAGCAGCCUCUAAUGGCUGCCACCUCAUCCCCCUAAUUCCCGCAGUUAUGACUGCAGGAUGGCCGCCACCACCACCCUCCUCCUCCUCCUCCUCCUCCAAUCCGCCGCCGCCUGCUCCCCGGGCUCCCCUCUCUCCUUCCGGGAGGCCCCGGCCUUCCGCAACGGGCAGACCUGCACCACCACCAGCUCCACAACCAUCCACGUGGCCAUGACCCUCGACUCGAACUAUCUCCGCGGCACAAUGGCCGCCGUGUUCUCCAUCCUCCAGCACUCCACCUGCCCGGAGGACGUGACGUUCCAUUUCGUGUGGGCCCGCGACGACGCCGACGUCCUCGCCUGCAUCAACUCGACCUUCCCUUACCUCCGCUUCCAACUGUACGGCUUCGACAGGAUCGGCCGCGUCCGCAGCCUCAUCUCCAAGUCCGUCCGGCAGGCCCUCGACCAGCCCCUCAACUACGCCCGCAUUUACCUGCCGGACAUCCUCCCGCCGGACGUCACCCGCGUCAUCUACCUCGACUCCGACCUCGUCGUCGUCGACGACAUCGCCGAGCUCUGGGAGGUCGGCUUGCGGGGGAAAGUCGUCGCCGCGCCGGAGUAUUGCCAUGCUAAUUUAACGAAUUAUUUCACGCCGGCCUUCUGGUCCGACCCGGAACUGUCGCGGGCGUUCGAGGGGCGGAGGCCGUGUUAUUUCAACACGGGCGUGUUGGUGAUGGACGUGGAGAAGUGGAGGGCGGGAGGGUAUUCGAAGAAAGUGGAGGGUUGGAUGGUGGUACAGAAACAGAAGAGGAUAUACCAGUUGGGUUCUCUGCCUCCUUUCUUGUUGGUGUUGGCUGGGAACAUUGAGCCCAUAGAUCACAGGUGGAACCAGCACGGUUUAGGUGGGGACAAUCUUGAAGGGAAAUGUCGGGGUUUGCAUCCUGGCCCUGUUAGUCUUCUCCAUUGGAGUGGCAAGGGGAAGCCAUGGCUGAGGCUGGACUCCAAGAAGCCCUGCACUGUCGAUCAUCUAUGGGCUCCUUACGAUCUCUAUGGAUCUUCCCGGCAUUCACUCGAAGAGUGAGUGAUUGCUCCACUGAUGAUCGAUUGUGUUGUC